GCUAAGGAGUGCAGAGGCUUGGCGGCAGCUCACCAGCUUCAGUGCAAGGUUGCUUUGAUCCUGAAAGACUUUCAGGACGGCAAGGGGGCUGAGGGUCUCAGUGCCUCUAAGUCUUGGAUCCGUCUUGUGGAUGGCAAGUGGAAAGAGGUUUGGGUUCUCCCCCUUUCCCACGACCUCCCUCCCUGGGGUGACAAGCCCACAGUCGUGGAGUGUAAAAGUGUCCCUGAACAGGUCAAGCAAGCCACGCUCAAAGUCAUCAUUCCGAAAGCCUUUCAAUCUUCAUGUGAAUGGGAUGAGAUUGUUAAGAAACCCGCAGCUGCAGUGAAGUUGCUUCUCCCGGACGAACUUGCGGUCCGAAGCUACGGCUGGCACAAACUUGAACAGUGCGACGAGGCCAUAUGCGGUUUCCUCAAGCUCCCGGAAGCUAAAAGCCAGCUUGUGCUUAACAACUCGGGAUGUAAAGGAGUCUUUGUCAAGAGAGUCGAUGGCCACUUAGACCCUGCUCAAAGGGCCCCGGUCAAGUGGCUCGCUGUCGAAAAGAUGAAGGCCCCGGCGUACUUCGCCUUGGCGAGGCGAGAGGCUGACAAAGCCAAGGCCUCGACCAAACGCCGCUGGGCGGCAAGAGGCGUUCCGUCCAGCUGGUGCCCGGCUCAGAUGCAGCAGCUGUUGACCUCUCAAAACUGGAGGGUCAUCUCCGACAUACAGGCUCCAGCCCGGCCGAAAGGCAUCUGGACCUUUUCGGCUGCUCCGCCGCAGGGGCAGUCCAGUGGCCAAUGGUUCCUCAAGUGCGGUGACCAAGGCACGAUUGAAAUAUCACCUUGGCGCAAGAGCUCCACGAGGCCCGUGUCUUUUCCCAUGCGGGCUCCUGCUGCAUGGGUUAGUAAAGCUAAAGACAAGGACUCUGCUAAUGAUGGCUUUAAGCCCAAUGGAGAGCCAGAGACCCCAGACAGUAGGGGAAACGACAAGCUGGUGGCCCCAACUGUGAUUGAUGCGUCUCUCCCCGAAAGCUCGCAGGAAAUUGAGAUGGAUGCCAAACGCGGUGAGAAACAUGAUCGCAAAGCUGUCCCCUCUCCCACUAAGCCCCACAAGGCUGCGCGCAUCGAGCCUGAGAGCACGCAUCAGGAAUCUGAUUCGCUGGGCCCGGAUGAGGUCAAAAUGUGGGAUUUAGGAGGGGUCGGAGAUUGUGGAUUUCGUUGUUUGCCCGCGUCCAACGCGGUUAGACAGGGAGCCACGCCAGAGCAGCUGCAGCCUAAGAUAGGCAAGGUUGCCUUGUCCCUCAGGACUCGAGCUGCCGAAUGGCUAGAAAGCAACCAGGGCGCAUGGGCUCUCGAGUGGUACGCGGACGCUGACUGUACGGAAGAAACUGAGGGAGGAAGUAUCCCGCAGGACGCUGCUCAGUGUGACGAUGAGCAUGUGAAAGGGCCCGAAAGGGCUUUUGGGCAUGCUCAGGAUGCAGGUCGCUGCGUGGCCUCUCCGCUUCAGAGGGACUCUCCUUCCGAGGCUUCCUUGUGGCUUCACCCUGUUGCGGAGGCCGAUGGGAAGUCGAGUGUGCAAAUCAGGCACCCGGCCCUGGUCCCAGAGGAAACGGCUCGUGACGGUUGGCAGCUCUGGUGGAGAUGCGACGAACCGGGUUGCGACUACACGGUGUGGCACCACCCCUUGGUUAGAGGCUGUCACGAGGCUCGUAGACAGCACCUGAUCACGAAACACGCCUAUCCUGCGGAUGGUCUUCCCGAUAUCCUGGUUGAGGCCCCAGUCAAAGGCACUAAGAUGCUCUGGUGGGAAUGCCCGAUACCGGAAUGCGAUUUCAAGGUUCACAGAAUAGUGGGGCAGCAGGGUCACAGCCAGGCCAAGGACCUCCACCUGCGUAAUGUGCAUGGCAUGGCCAAAGCUUUUCCUUUCACGAAGGCUGUGUCACUUCAAGACACUCACCAUCGUCUUCAGAAGUCCCAUGAAGCCCUUAACCUCAAGUGGAAGGUUUUUGUUGAGGAGUUCAACAAGAAAAGAUGGAAAGGCAGUCAUCACGUAGAGGCGGAGCCCUCGCUCUUUAAGCCUGCCAAGACCAAAGAUGGUAGCACCAUUCACGCUCCCUGGCACAAGUGUAAGGCCUGUGGCGUUUUGGUCAACCGUAGCUGGCUCCGCCAUGCGGCAGGUAAGAAGGCUGUGAAGGAUGCCAGGAGCUCAAUCUCUCUGAAGCCGCGCUCCCAGGUGCGCGUAACACCGCCCGUCGCUCAGGCCUCUCCCUCGGUCGAGUCCAAGUGGCUGCUCUGGUCUCAAGCGGCUGAGGAGUUCUCUUGGGGCGUGCGCCCCAUUCGCGCAGUGAAAGGUCUUGCGCAGUCUCUAGAGGAGAGGCAAACCCGCCGAACUCUCAGGCGAGUCACUGAGGCACACAUCCAAGCCUGGAGGGGCUACGAAGUUAAUCCAGGCCUGGUCAGGAAGAUCACAAGGACGCCUCUGCAGGCUGAGGAGCGACAGGCGGUGACACAGCGUCGUUGGGGCCUCGCGGUCCCUUUGCUCCAAAAGAGACUCAGGGCACAGCUUGCCAAGGGUCAGGCUAAGGCUCUGUCCGAGUGGAAGCACAAAGUCCACUCCUUAUCAGGCGCCGCCUCUUGGAUCAAAAGCGAAGGCCCCAGCCCGCAGUGCCUCCAGAACGAAGAGGGACAAGUGCUAAGCAACCGCCCUGCGGCGGCUCAGGCGCUGAGGGAACAUUGGUGCUCCAUUUUCGGGGCCAAUCAACCCGCAGACACGUACUGCGAAGCUUUCCGACAGAAGUAUAGUGACUACCUCCGUCCCCGCUCCCUGGGCCUUUCUCUCUCUCAGAUCAAGGCCCAAGACCUCAGGGCCUCCCUGAAGAAGAUGAAAGGCAAAGCGGCAGGGCUUGAUGGGCUCCCCCAGGGAGAUCCCUGGAGCCCCUUGGGUCUAGCAGCAGUCCUUGCUGCUCCGAAGCAACAUGCUGCUAGCAAAGCACCGGGCACAGAGUGCCUCUUGUACCUGGACGACAGGCCUCUGACUCAGAAAGAGCAGGCACGCAAGGAGAAGGCGGCUUCCGUGGCGAGCCGCAUUGCUCUGCUGCCAGUCUCUCUGAAGAUGCGCGCGGCCCUUUGUGCUACAGUUUUCAGCCCGAUCGCGGCUUGGGCUUGCCUUCUCAAUGGCCGAGUCCCUGAUGCUGCAGAGCUCAGUUGGUACUACUCCACUUUCAGGAAAGCGGUGAAAGUGGGCGAUGCUAAGGGUGAUCGCAGCAGCAGAGACCUGCAGAAACUGCUGCUGCUGGGUCACACGGCCGACCUCCCAGUGGUUGCGGCAUGCAGGGUGCUUAAGGCCGCGGCAAGAUGGGCUUCUUACAAGUUCAGGAUAGGCCAGGACCCACAGAGCGCGGCCCUCAUGAGAGCCAGACCGGUCAGGGCCUUAGAUUCCUGUCUGCCUGCUCCCUGGAAGAGUAGCGGUUCCUGGGGUCGCUGGACUAAUGGUCAAGCCACGUGGAACAUUCUUGCCGAGAGUGCUGAACAGAAGCGCGCUGCGCACGAGGUGCGAGAGUCUUGGCGUCUCACGAGACUGCAGCGGUGGCUUGCUGCUAACCGCAACGAUGCUCGUGAUGCUCGUAACGAGGGCCUGAUUGCUUCCUCGGCUUUGGUCAAACGACUGCGGGAGAUCGCUGGUCAGGUGGAUGGUCAUGGCAUGCAUUCGUGCCGCAGACGUAGCAGGGAGACGCAAGCGUGCUCCCUGGAGGGAAGGCUGAG